AUGCGACCUGCUACUAUUCUCCUUGUCCUUGCACCUGCCAUGGUGUCCGCCGAAUGGGCAUUUGCCUGGUGGGGAAAUGAAAACUGCGACGACAGUAACAGACUCGGCUAUAUCGGGGAGAAACCCGAUGAUCAAUCAUACGCGGGUACUCUUGACAGCGGAGUUCUCUCAGCCAGAUUUACCUUCACCGAUACCAGCAAGGUGCCGCGGUUUGCGCAUGGCGCUGGUGACCCCUAUCCCUCCGGAGAUGGAGCCGUCAGUGGUCACUGUUAUACUCUUGACCCGAGCGCAGAAAACUACUGGGCGUACGACAUGGAUAUCACGACUACAUUCCCAAACCGUUGA